UGAUGGUUCUGGAUGUUAAAAAAGGUAAGGUGUUAGCGCUUGACAUUUGCAGGACCGAUGAGAACAAAACCAGAAGGGAGCGGAACAUGAGGACUAUAGUGAGUUAUUGUUGUCUGCCUGGAAAACCAUUGCUUAGCUGCAACGCAUUUCAUUACUGUUGGUAACUUAGUUGAUCAUUUUGGUAUUCAUAUGUCUCUUGCCUUCUUGCAGCUUGUCGUGCUUGGCCAGAUAUUUAGACUUGAUAGGAACUUGCCAAGUUUCCAUGUGAUCUCUCCGGAUCCUACUACUUGGGGGGCCAUAGAAUACCCACCCACAGUUCCAUUCCGUCCAGACAGGGAUGAUGAUACUCCAAUUUGGUGCUUGUAUUGGCUACAACAUGAUGGCAACUUCAACCCUGCCUUACUUCCGAAGAAGCUUAACGAAGGCAAAGUUAGAAUGAGGACUGCAACAAACAUUGUGAAUUCAGAAACCAAUCAGAACAAGCUGGAAGUCAAAGUCAACAGUGAAAUGGCGUGGCGCGAAGUUCUUCGCACUGUUGCCUAGCUUGCGCCGUUGCCACUUAAGUCUCUAUCUUUUUGCCAUGGCAUACAUCUUCCCGUGUUCGGAAGCCAUGCGAAGUUAUGUUACUUUUCCUUCCUUUUGUAUGUGUUAUCCUCGGCAACUUGUGUCCGAGACCGUGGAAGUGGCUCCGAUGCCACGUGUGUUAUAAUAUGAAUGCCUUGUUAACGUAAUUAGGAACAAGUUUAAAUCCUGUUGUGUUUUGUGGAAAAGCGUGGUCUCGCUUGUGAG